CAGCACGUUCAGGUACCGGAACUGACUCGCGCGCGCUUGUCAAUUCGAAAUCGGUUACGAAUUACGAGCGCCAAGUUUCAUGGAUGAAGAAAAAAGCUCCAGAGGGACUGGGAAGAACUGAACAGCACGCCGGCUUUUGGUGGUGGAAUCGAUAGCACGCGAGCAAGUUGCCUUACUGGUCCGAGGUGCCGGUUUUCCACUUUAGUUACUCGAGAUUCGAAACACACAAAUUUUCCCUUCAUCCCUUGCCAGACCGGAUUAAUUCCCCGACAGUGCUAUUAAAGUGUUAUUGUUGUUGUUGAGACCAGCUGGCCAAUCACCACACGGAAUUCAAAUUUCGAACACUCCCGCCAACGGUCGAACAGUCAACUUUGCAUUUUAACCUCUUCAGUCACUCAACGUCUUUUCAACUCUCCCGCGAUAUGAGGUCGGUGAGGUGUCGGUGGUUUUUCGUCGUGGAUUUAAUUCGUGGCGACGCACCGUAACGCAAAGUUAAAAGAUGUUUGGUGUGCGAUUACAAUUGAGAUUGAAAGAGUUAGGAUUUUUCUGUGAAAUAUUUUGAUUUUCGUGAUACCGUGCUACAGAACGUUUCUGGAAUUGUGGGCGAAUGCUAUUACGGCAACGGAUUUUCAAUUGUCAAAUUGAAUUUCGACGAGGGUUUAAGAACAACUUAGAUAUUCCUGAAUUUCCGGAACGCUUUUAUUCAAAAGGCACCCUUUUACUGAUAUUGCUGUAGAAUAAGAAAGCGGAUUUUAUCGGAUUCAGCAUUAGAAUAUUCAGAGGUGGCGUACUGCAGUCAGAGUUUGACAAAGAAGGCUGUGAUGAGGGGUGUCGGAUAAGAAGGUUGUUGUGCAGGCGUGAUAGGAGCACCGGGAAGAUGCCGCCUUCCGAGAACAAUUUAUUCAGGCCGUUGCUUCUUCUAAUCAUCGCAGGAAGCACCGCGGCUUUCAAUCCACGACAGUCAGAAUGCACAUUUCCCUCGCGCUGGGAAGGCACUUGGUUUCAAAGUGGCGUGCGUCAGGCGAUCAUGAUAUCAAAGGAUAUUCUCUCCAGCAAAGGAAGGUGUCUCCACAACGAGGGUGACAAGUUUCUCCUUGUCGAUGAGAAAACUUGCUACCGCUGCGUCGUCAUUCAUGAGAAGCACUCCAACGUUUUGCAGUACAAAGAGACCUACUGCCAGAAUAAAAACUCCUUAUCCUCGCUGUGUUCAUACAUAACGGGGGAUGCUUUACUCUACUCAAUGUUUCGAGAAGAGGCAACGCCGGUUCCAUGUCCGUUUCAUGGACCUCUAACCUUUUCAUACAACAGAGGUCAUGGCCUUUGUUCCAGUCCACACAGCAAUGUUGACACCUGCACAGAUGACAGCAAACUUCUCUUCAGGUAUCAAGCCUGUCCAGACGUGUACGCAUCUGAAAGUGCAAAAGAGGAACUGGAGUGUUUGGCAACCUGGAAAGAGGGUAGCAGUCGUUAUCUGGUUGGCCGAUUAAAUCAUGAUCAUGCAACCAGCAACGAAGAUCGUUACAGAUGUUUCGUUUACGAACGAGCUGAUCAAAGUAUCCAAGGAAAUUUAAACAGAGCCUCUGGUGUGGGUCCAGAAACCUCUGAUCAAGAAGUUCCCAUGUCCAAUGGACCAGUGACAGAAGGGUCAUUAGUAGAAAUCUACAAUGUAGCUCAAAGUGGUGACGCCACUUGUAAUGGUCUGUCCAGUCCCAUGGAAGGAUCAAGAACAAUGAAAUUAACAAAAGUUUCUUCACCAGGAAACUGUAAAUUUCCUCAGUGGUUAACAGGGCAUGGCAGUGGCGGCCUUACGUGGCACACUUUAGAUCUUGGAAGAUCAUACACAUUUCAUCCUCACAACGCGUCACUUCACGUGACUAGAUCUAAUGAGAGUACAUCGAGGAUCGAGGGUGUUUCGAUGGACUUUCAGGACAUUUCUGGCCAAGAGGAAUAUUAUGUGAAAAUCCUUUGCAACUCCAUCAAACAUCCGAAUGCUGCGGAAACCAUGAAUAUGAUCGUGGCUCAUUACACGCGCGGAUGCCGAAGCGGAUAUGUAUGCAUGGCAUUUUACAGGAGGGAUGGUCACGUUGUGGAGCUGCAAACGGGAAACCCAGUUUCGAGACCGGAAGAUGCGUGCCUUCCUGCACACUAUCAACCACGCAGCACUCCCUACCUCACUUUAGUCACGAGUUCUCCAGAAACCCGACAGUGUCCUUACUUGGGAAAAUUCACAGUGACUGGUUUGAAUCGCAAUCAAAGGAACACCAGAGACGGUCGAAGAGGUCACGAGUUUCUCGGCACUCUCGGCCAGGAAAAGGUCAGACACUCCCAGGAAAGAUCUGAAGAUCGGCGCUCUCGUAAACUAGAUUUCGAGAUCCAGAAAAGACGAGUCAACAAUGAGUACUUUGUCCAUGAACGACACGGCAGAAAAGUCAGGUCAAGUCAAAGUCACAGAGAAUCCAAACUAGGAGAAAUGAUCGAUCCCUCAUCAAAAGAUUCUUUUAGAAUUGGGGAUCGUCGAGAAAAAAGUGGAGAUGUUUGGGAAGCCAAAUCGAAGGGGACAUCUCUUAAUCAGGUGGAAUCUGAAGAAAAGAUGCGAGAAGAAACAAGUCGACCCCGAGAUUCCUUUUUGCCGAGACAUCGCAAAACGGAAGACUUCGAAGUGGAUAUGGAUGAUUUUGCACAAGCCAGGCGUUUUUUGGCACCCGAAUUUGACGAGACAGAAAUACCGAGCAUCCUGCAGGUUCAGGAUAGCUAUUUCGGAGACUAUACUGAUGCGGAAGAGAAGCUCCCGAAGAGGAGAUCCUCAUUUCGCAAUGACAAGCUUUUUAUUUAUGAGGACCUCUUGCGAAUGAAGAGAGAUUCAGAGGACGCGGGAUAUGAAGAGGGUUCUCCAAGAAGGGAGAAGAGGGAAGAGGAGAAUUCCAGAUGCAAUUCGGACGUGACGACUUUGAAUGUUGGAUGCUCGACUGCAGAUAGGAUGGAGAUUCAAAGCGACUGUCUCGACGAUGACGUCAUCACAGCUUACUCUUGUCACGGAAGGUGGUUCGACAGCGAGGGCACUCAAUUCGUGAUUGCGACGCCACUCGCUCGCAGAGCAGCCUGGUCAAAUGAUAACAACAGGCCACAGCCCUACAGAAACAGCAGAAGAUUAUGCUUCAUGUACAGAGAAAGCGGAGGUGUCGUGAGUUUAACUACGAGCACGGACGCCUGUCACAGGGAGAUUCCGACAGCUCCUCCGAUGUUGGCCUUCAAUGCGACGAGCAUCGGUCAAUGUCUAGAAGAUAAUAGCAGCGCUGGUCACCGAGCAUCGUAUUUAUUGAUAAGUCUGAUCGUGAUAAUUCUUGUGAUGUUUAGGUGAUUCUAAGCGAAGGAAAACUCAAAGUCGAAUAAUCGACUUGUUUCUGGUAAUCUCGAGAAACAUUCUUAUAUUGUAAAUAGAAAAAAAAACUCGGAAUGCCGAUUGGUUCGGCGAGUUUUAGAUUCUUCUAAAACUCGGCUCUAUAAAUAUAUUAUAUAUCUGGGAAAGUUUAUUUGCAGAUACUCGAGGCAGAUAAAAUCUAUCGAAAAAUGAAUUUCGAAUAUUUGCCACGUUGCGAAGUAGGAACAUAUACAUCAAUUUCCCCUGAUGAUACGUUCUUUUUGUACUGAUAGCUCAUAGAAAGUAACUAAUUACUUAUUAAUAAUUACUAAUUCCUAAUUGCUAAAUAAUUGGUUACUUCUGUAACUCUGGGCUAGACCAUAUCACGGUACGAAAUUGCUGCUCGCAUCGGAAAUUAAAGAAAAUCUUGUUUUAUAGCAAGUAAACCGUACGUGAGGUAAAUUUUAAAGUAGCACUUAGAAGAAGAAAAUAUGGUGGGAUUUAUCAGCUUCAUGCAAUGUUCAAAUCUGCUCAAAUUCAUACAAAAUCUAUAAUCAUUAAUUUCUCAUUUAUAAUGGAAAAACGUUACGAAACAUUUUUUUCGUAUAACAUUUUCAGAAAGUUGUUUCUAAAUUCGCCGACUAUUU